GGAAACCGGGCAGGUGACACCGAGCUAGGUUGCUCGGGCAGCAGCGCGGCCACCAUGCACGUCAAUGGCAAGGUGGCCCUGGUCACCGGCGGGGCGCAGGGCAUCGGCAGGGCUUUCGCCCAGGCGCUGCUGGGCAAGGGCGCGAAGGUAGCGCUGCUGGACCGCAACUCCGAGGCCGGGCAGGAGAGCAAGGCGGCCCUGGCCGAGCAGUUCGAAGCGCAGAGGACGGUGUUCAUCCAGUGCGACGUUACGGAUCAGGAGCAGCUGAAAGGUGCUUUCAAAAAAGUAAUUGAACAUUUUGGAAGGCUGGAUAUUGUGGUUAAUAAUGCUGGAGUGAACAAUGAGAAGGACUGGGAAAGCACUAUACAAAUUAACUUGACAUCUGUGAUUAGAGGAACCUACCUUGGCCUAGAAUACAUGGGAAAAGGAAAUGGAGGCGAUGGGGGAGUAAUCAUUAAUAUCUCAUCCUUGGCAGGACUCAUGCCUGCUGCAUUCCAACCUGUGUACUGUGCUACAAAGCAUGGUGUAAUUGGAUUCACACGGUCAAUAGCAUUAGCUGCUAAUAUGGAAAACUACGGUGUGAGACUCAACACAAUUUGUCCAGGAUUUGUCAACACACCAAUUCUUCAGUCAAUAGAUAAAGAAGAGAAUAUGGGACAAUAUUAUUCAUAUAAGGAUGAGAUCAAAAAUAUGAUGCAGUUCUAUGGCGUGAUGGACCCAUCAAUAAUUGCUGAGGGACUGAUAACAAUAAUUGAAGAUGAUACUCUAAAUGGAGAAGUUAUGAAGAUUACAGCAUCCCAAGGGAUUCAUUUUCAGCAAUACAGCCAAACACCUUUUACAUCAACAAAGAGAUAAAUAAUUGUUUUAUGCUAAGUAUUUUUGGCUUUUCUUAAACAUAAAAAAUUUUGAAAAGAGUAAUUUUUGGAAAAAAAAUUAGUGUUCUAUCUAGAGGAGUGACAGUGUUCAAACAUUCGCAUCCUAAUAACAAAGAGAUGGACAAGAAAAUCUGGUGUGGGAAGAUGUUAGCAUCCUAGUUUGAUUUUAUAAGCACUAAUAAUAGUAUUUAUUCAGUAGAAUAAACAGACUGCUCUGAAGAUUUUUGAUUACCUAGUAAUAGAGACAAGUUUUUUUCCUUCUGGUAGUUCUGAUCUACAUACUCCAAAUGUAUUUUGGUGGACCUGACUUACUUCAUAUAAUUCUUUUUGCUGUCGCAAGCAUCUAGUUAUUUACAUCUUUAAUUCUUUAGACCAGGAAUUCAGUUCAGGAAUCUAGAACACAAAUAUACCUACUUAUAAGGAGUUAACAAUUUACUUUUUCUUAUGAAAUGUAAAAUAGAACAAGAGGCAAAAUUCUUUUUUCUCAUUUAUAUAUGCAACUGAAUAUGUUGUAUAUCACACAAGAAAGUACAGAUUUUUAUCUUCUUGGAUAUUAGCUAUUUAUAAAAUAGUUCAGAAAUAUUUUUGUUUUCUUUUAUAGCUAUAUAUAUGAAUUUUCUCUCUCUGUAUAUAAAAGGAUGAAUACUUUG